AUUUUUCCCCUAAUUCUCAACUUCAAAUCACUCUUCUCACCAGCAGUAGCAAAUUAUCCCCUCAAUCGCCGAAUUUGGAUCAGUCGGAACAAUCUUCAAUCUGAAAAAAACAAUGCCUUCUCUCGCUGUUUCCCGGUCCGUAGAAGAAUCGCUUACUCCUCAGAAGCGGAGACUGAGAUCCAACUCCACAGCGGCGCCGGAAACCCCGAUAUCUGCUCCGACGAAGCGGAAGUCGCCCCGCCGAUGUCUCGAGUCCUCUCCCUCUUCUCAUCCGACCGUCUCAACAAGGAACGAUUCAAUUGGACCGGUUUCGAACUCAUCGAAAUCGCUUGCUGAGGAAUUGAGCGAGGAUUUCUCUAAGAAACUCAACUGGAAUCCUAGUGAUGCGUCCCAAGUGAGCGCGGUGAAGGAGGCGUUGCACGUAUCGACAUCUCCACCAACGAUUGUUUGUCGCGAAGAAGAGCAGAGAAGAGUGUUUGAUUUCUGCAAGGCUUGUGUUGAGAAGGAACAAUCUGGGAGCUUGUAUGUGUGCGGAUGCCCUGGGACAGGGAAGAGUUUGUCAAUGGAGAAAGUUUCGAAUCAGCUGAUUAAAUGGGCCAGAGAUGGUGGGUUUGAGCCUCCAGAGGUACUGUCCAUUAAUUGUACCGCGCUUACGAGCUCUUCUCAGAUUUUCGGGAAGAUUGUUGAUAAUGGUUAUGUGAAAGUGAAGACCAGUGGAACCAUUGCCCCUUUGCAACAUCUCCAGAAUGUGUACUCUCAAAAGCAGCAGUCUUCAAGUUCAAAGAUGCUCCUCAUAAUUGUUGAUGAGUUGGAUUAUCUAAUUACCAAAGACCGAGCUGUCCUUCAUGAUCUCUUCAUGCUGACAACUCUUCCUUUCUCUAGAUGUAUACUGAUAGGAAUAGCAAAUGCCAUAGAUCUAGCUGACCGUUUUCUUCCGAAACUGCAGUCAUUGAAUUGUAAGCCCUUGGUGGUAACUUAUCGAGCCUAUUCGAAAGAUCAAAUACUCAGAAUCCUUCAGGAGAGGCUCAUGGUACUACCUCAUGUAGUUUUCCACCCACAAGCUUUGGAGCUGUGUGCCAGAAAAGUUGCAGCUGCAUCUGGUGACAUGCGCAAAGCACUUUCUGUUUGCAGAUCUGCAGUUGAGGUUCUGGAAGCAGAAGUAAGAGACUCUACGAAUAACAUGGACUCAGAUACUCAAGGAAAUUCAGUUGUGAAAAUUGAUCACAUGGCAGCUGCUCUAUCAAAGGCAUUCAGGACACCAGUAAUCGACACCAUUCAAUCCCUUCCUCAGCAUCAACAAAUAAUCCUAUGCUCAGCUGUUAAGUUCUUCCGUGGAGGAAAGAAGGAUACUAUAGUAGGAGAGCUGAACAAAUCUUACGUCGAGACAUGCAAAUCGAGAAUGAUCCCACCAGUCGGAAUUUCUGAGUUUCUGAGUAUGUGCAGAGUGCUGAAUGACCAGGCAAGUAACAUAACACAUCCAUUAACACAACUUUCAUUCCCAGCCUUUUUUCUCAUCAAAACCAGUGACCAGAAUUUUUACUCUUUAUUACUACAGGGACUAGUGAAACUAGGACAGUCUCGCGGUGACGAUAAACUGAAGAGGGUGACAUUAACAGUAGAUGAAGCUGACAUCAACUUCGCAUUGCAGGGAGUUCGUUUCUUUAGGAACUGUCUGCAGUAGAAGUGCCAAUUCUACUGCACAACUUUGACAGAAGAGCCAAAAUCGCCUAUGGAGUUCAAAUAGAGAAAGGGAAAUGAGGGAAAGCAAACAAAGACCAAAAACAGGCACUAGCUACAAGCUAGCAAUUCCUGAACUAACUACCAAAGCAAAGUGGUUACCAUGCAAUGCAGCUCAAUCAAAAAGGCCACCCAUGCCGACAUCGUCGUCCGAAUCAUCUUCUGGUUCAGGCUUCUUCUCCUCCUUAGCUCCCCCUCCACCGGCCGCAGCUCCUCCACCGCUAGGAGCUGCCGCUGCUGCCGGAGCCGCCAUUGCAGCUGCAAACUUGCUUGGAUCCUGAAAUCCAUCACAAGAUUCCAACAUCAGCCAUUUGUAUGAUAAUUAAAAUCGUCAUACGGAGAUCCUUGAAUAGCAACAAAGUAUUGUGAACCAAUUAGUCGGGGGAUUAAAUUUAAA